CUCCUCCUCCUCUUCUCUCUAUCUUUCUCUUCUGUCUGUUCUCCUCGGGAACCACGAGUCACCAACCUGAAUCUUGUAAAUUAACCCCCCGAAAAAACAACAACAAGAGGCUGGACAGGAGAAGAAAGGACGAGAGGCGAACCGAGCGAUAGAGAGAGGAGAGGAGUGAGAGAUUACAGACUCAAAGACGCACAACCAUGAUACUUUCUAAUCAUUCUAUUCAUUCAUUUUUCUGCUGCUGCUGUUCUGUAGAAUCCAGAGAGAUCAGCCACGUGAAGCUGAAUACUGGAUCUAGGUCUCUGUGUUUUCACACUAGGAGGUACCCAGGACAUGCUAACAGGACGGAUCGGUCCAGGAGGAAGCUACCUCCCCCGCCACCAGAUAACGACGAUGGGGGAGACAUACUAGUGGUGGCCAUGUAUGACUUUACAGCUAAAGAGGACACAGACCUGACUUUGACCCAGGGAGAGGAGUACACUAUCCUACACAAACAGGACCAGCUGUGGUGGAGGGCACAGGACAAACACGGAAAUAAAGGUUUUAUCCCCAGUAACUAUGUUACAGAAAAGGACAGAAUUGAGGCCAACCAGUGGUACUGUCAGAGCAUCACCAGAUCGGAGGCUGAACAAUUGUUACGAAAAGAGGCUAAAGAGGGAGGUUUUGUGGUGAGGGAGUCUAGUCAACAAGGCUGUUACACUGUCUCAGUGUUCACUAAAGCUCUGGGUAUUAACGGUGGUAUCAGACACUACCAGAUAAAGCUCGAUGAUUCUGGAAGCUUCUAUCUCUGUGAGAAGCACAUCUUCACCACGAUACCCGAACUCAUAGAGUACCACAACCACAAUGCUGCAGGUCUGGUGACCAGGUUAAGGUAUGCAGUAGGACCUAUGGGCAGGUGUGUCCCUGCUACACCAGGCUUCAGCUCAGAGAAGUGGGAGAUUGACCCUAGUGAGUUGACCUUCAUGAAGGAGCUGGGAAGUGGCCAGUUUGGGGUGGUGAGGCUGGGGAAAUGGAGAGCUCUGUGUAAAGUGGCCAUUAAAACAAUCAAUGAAGGAGCCAUGCAUGAAGAAGACUUCAUAGAGGAAGCUAAGAUUAUGAUGAGGUUAUGCCACCCUAAGCUGGUACAGUUGUACGGUGUUUGUACGCGGCAGCGUCCCAUGUGUAUAGUGACUGAGUUCAUGGAGAACGGCUGUCUGCUGAACUACCUGAGACAGAACGGAGGGACCACGGGACAACCAUGGCUACUGUCUGUCUGUCAAGACACAUGUGAAGCCAUGCAAUAUCUGGAGACGCACCACUUCAUACACAGAGACCUGGCAGCACGCAACUGUCUGGUCAGUGACAAGAACGUGGUGAAGGUGUGUGACUUUGGAAUGACCAGGUAUGUGCUAGAUAACCAGUACACCAGCUCUACAGGCUCUAAGUUCCCAGUCAAAUGGUCUCCUCCUGAAGUGUUGCACUAUAACAAGUACAGCAGCAAGUCGGACGUCUGGUCCUUCGGUGUGUUGAUGUGGGAGGUGUUCACUGAGGGGAAGACGCCGUUUGAUGGGCGGUCGAAUGUCGAUGUAGUGGAUGAGAUUACCAGGGGUCACCGUCUCUACCGACCUCACAAAGCUUCCAACGAUGUCUACCAACUCAUGUACCAGUGCUGGCACGAGAGACCACAGGGCCGCCCUUCUUUCUCUGAGCUGCUGGAGAGGAUCAGACUACUGGCUGAACUGGCUGACUAGACACAAACACACCGUCGAUGAAGAGGAUCAGACUACUGGCUGAACUGGCUGACUAGACACAAACACAUCUCGAUGAAGAGGAUCAGACUACUGGCUGAACUGGCUGACUAGACACAAACACACCGUCGAUGAAGAGGAUCAGAUUACUGGCUGAACUGGCUGACUAGACACAAACACACCGUCGAUGAAGAGGAUCAGACUACUGGCUGAACUGGCUGACUAGACACAAACACACCGUCGAUGAAGAGGAUCAGACUACUGGCUGAACUGGCUGACUAGACACAAACACACCGUCGAUGAAGAGGAUCAGACUACUGGCUGAACUGGCUGACUAGACACAAACACACCGCUGAUGAAGAGGAUCAGACUACUGGCUGAACUGGCUGACUAGACACAAACACACCGUCGAUGAAGAGGAUCAGACUACUGGCUGAACUGGCUGACUAGACACAAACACACCGUCGAUGAAGAGGAUCAGACUACUGGCUGAACUGGCUGACUAGACACAAACACAUCGCUGAUGAAGAGGAUCAGACUACUGGCUGAACUGGCUGACUAGACACAAACACACGAGGAUCAGACUACUGGCUGAACUGGCUGACUAGACACAAACACACGAGGAUCAGACUACUGGCUGAACUGGCUGACUAGACACAAACACACCGUCGAUGAAGAGGAUCAGACUACUGGCUGAACUGGCUGACUAGACACAAACACACCGUCGAUGAAGAGGAUCAGACUACUGGCUGAACUGGCUGACUAGACACAAACACAUCUCUGAUGAAGAGGAUCAGACUACUGGCUGAACUGGCUGACUAGACACAAACACACCGUCGAUGAAGAGGAUCAGACUACUGGCUGAACUGGCUGACUAGACACAAACACACCGCUGAUGAAGAGGAUCAGACUACUGGCUGAACUGGCUGACUAGACACAAACACACCGUCGAUGAAGAGGAUCAGAUUACUGGCUGAACUGGCUGACUAGACACAAACACACCGUCGAUGAAGAGGAUCAGACUACUGGCUGAACUGGCUGACUAGACACAAACACAUCUCUGAUGAAGAGGAUCAGACUACUGGCUGAACUGGCUGACUAGACACAAACACACCGUCGAUGAAGAGGAUCAGACUACUGGCUGAACUGGCUGACUAGACACAAACACACGAGGAUCAGACUACUGGCUGAACUGGCUGACUAGACACAAACACACCGCUGAUGAAGAGGAUCAGAUUACUGGCUGAACUGGCUGACUAGACACAAACACACCGCUGAUGAAGAGGAUCAGACUACUGGCUGAACUGGCUGACUAGACACAAACACACCGUCGAUGAAGAGGAUCAGACUACUGGCUGAACUGGCUGACUAGACACAAACACACCGUCGAUGAAGAGGAUCAGACUACUGGCUGAACUGGCUGACUAGACACAAACACAUCGCUGAUGAAGAGGAUCAGAUUACUGGCUGAACUGGCUGACUAGACACAAACACAUCUCUAUGAACAUACACUAAGUGGACAAAACAUUAAGAACACCUGCUCUUUUCCAUCACAUAGACUGACCGACCAGGUGAAUCCAGGUGAAUCCAGGUGAAAGCUCUGAUCCCUUAUUGACAUCACUUUUUAAAGAUUUUUUUUUUUUAAAGCCUUGAGACAAUAGAGUACCACAGUAUAAUACCCAUAAAACCUAGCGGUCAAAUAGGAAAACGGUUCCAACAUUCCUUUUUCCACGUAGGGGAUUUUAGAAAUACUUAAAAUAAGGACUGUGUUUCGUGUAGGUUUACCCUGGCGUGACGUUUUGAUAACUGUGUAAAUCUCUCUCUAAGACAAAGGUGACUUGGAUCAAUAUAUUCCCCUUGUGUAAACGUUUCUAAAAUCUCUGAAUGGAACCAUUUCCUUGUUCGACCGCUAGGCUUUAUGGGUAUUAUGACACCUCCGCUGUGGGGCCUCUAUUGAGACAUGGAUUCAGAGGCUGAAUGGGCAAAGACCAAAAUGUAAGUGUCUUUGAAUGGGGUGCUUGGGUUUUUCACUCUCAACAGUUUCCUGUCUGUAUCAAAAGGACAUCCAGCCAAUUUGACACAACUGUAGGAAGUAUUAGAGUCAACAUGGGCCAGCGUCCCUGUCGAACGCUUUAGACACCUUGUAGAGUCCAUGUCCCGACUAGUUGAGGCUGUUCUGACGGCAAGAGGGGGAGAAAACUCAAUAUUAGGAAGGUGUUCUUAAUGUUUUGUCCACUCAGUGUAUGUAAUUGCAAUUUUUCUAAAUACUUUUGACAUGAUAAAAACAAGUUUUAUAUUCAUAUAA